AUGGCCGAUAUGAUGACCAGCACGCCCACAUCCCGAUCACUUACCUUCAGCUCCUUUGAGACGACACCCGAAGCUGUGGAGCCGCUGGAGGACGACGACGAGGAAGAGGAGGAGGAGGAGCGGCAGCGAGGCCCCGAGUACAGGCUGGCGUGGCGGCACAGCUAUCCGGAGCCGAUCUUCUGCGUGCGGGCGGUCGACGUGACCAACGACGGCAUCAACGAGAUUGUGGUGUCUUCCCUCCACGGCCUACACAUAUCCCAGUUGGACUGGAACAAGGGGCGGAUCGACGUGGUGCAGCGAUUGGACCUCCUGAAGCAAAUCAGGCUCCUCGAGCGCGACCUUGCACGUCUCAGCCCCCAACCGGACGAGUGA